AUUCAUCGAAGAUACGAGACGUUUGUUGCCUAUGCGUUUACCAUCGUUCGUCUAAUACCACUAUAGAAGAUCGUCGAUAAAAUAUCGUUUCGCGGCGGAUUUCGCCUUGCGAUCGUGAUAGCCAUCUCCUUCGAAUACCAUCAUCCUUUACUUUCCAUUCGUAACACACGUUCGAUUCAGUCGUGGGCGAAGGAGGGAGGUGGGCCAGAGGCAAGGCGUUUGCAACGAGCGAUCGGAGGAGAAACGAGAGACCUAAGCAAAACGCGAUAUGAUGUAUCCAGGGUGUAGGGAGAAAGAGGCGGCAGCUACGAUUGGGCGAGCCGGACUGCGGCGAGGAUCCGCCGGAUUGGCCGAAAAAGAGCCCUUGCCAUCCGCCAAAGGGCCCCUGUAAGCCCAUGGGUCCACCGGGCUAUCCCGCGAAACCGAAGCCGGAAAAGAAGCCGUUUUGCGUUAAGUGUCCAGCGAAGAAACCGUGCAAAACGAAAAAAUGUUAGGCGUUGGGCGUCACGCGCACCGAGAGACAGAGGGUACGUGGAGAUAGCGGCGGACUAAACGAUCCUCUAUCGAUCAAAAUCUCUGUUGUCUGCGUCGUAGGACAAAUACGAUUUAAACGCACCGUUGCUGAGACCUCUUCUCAAGCUUUCCACCGCGAUGCUUGGUAACUUCCGAACCAGAAGUCGAUACUCUUUGGGAUCGUACGUUCUUAAUGGGCGCAGUUGGCCGUCGUCGAAAAUACCUAACGCGAGCCUAGCGUUCGCGAGGAACUUUACCGCUACACCCGCCCUAUCGAAGGAUAGCGAGAAGAUCGUGCGUUUAUCGGAAGGAUUGACGAGACGCUUGUGGCAAGAGCAAGCGAGAUUCUUUCGAAACGAUUGCAUCCUGAUGGGCAAAGCGCACGGCAAAAGGCCACCUCGUCCUCCCUCCAAACUCUCUUCCAAGUCAGUUCCCGAUUGUAGCAAAGGCCAGAGUUCACGGAGAAGGUCUUGCAGACAAUCGUACCAACGACAGAAGCCGUGUAUCCCACAGGAUAAAUGCGUGCCACCCGCUCCACCAUGCUCUCGUCCACGUCCAAAGAACCCCAAGUGUCCCCAGCCUGAAACACCUUGCCCACCCCCUUGUCCCAUGCCCUGUGAAAAACCCGCGGAGGAGAAGCAUCUGCCGCCGAAGAUAUGCUAUCGAAGGUGUCCUCUGCCUCCGAGACCGCCCAAGCCUCCCAAGUGUCCCAGGUGUCCAGCUCCAUUGCCGCCUCCACCGCCACCCAAGGUACCUCGACCGCCCAAAUGUCCGCCACCCUGUCCGCCACCUCCCGCACCACCGCCACCCAGGUGUCCAAAAGUGCCAAAGUGUCCCGAAUGUCCACCGCAAAGAGAGUGUCCGCCGCCACCGCCUUGCGAACCUUGCCCUUGUCCGCCGCCAUGCCCUCCAGCCUACUGUCCACCUCCACCACCGUGUCCACCUUGUCCACCACCCAUUCCGUGUCCCAGACCACUUCCUUGCCCACCUCCCCCUCCGCCCAGAAUCUGUCCACCUUGUCCACCGUGCGCGGAGUGUCCCAAACCUCCACCCUGUCCACCUCCGCCAUCGUGCAGUCCUUGCCCCUGUCCUAAACCGCCACCGCCUUGUCCAUGCCCGAAACCCUGUCCACCUUGCCAACAAGUAGCCAAACCGCGAGUCUCCUGCCCCAAGGACGUCCCGUCUUGUCCCAAAAAUAGCGGGAAAAAUCCGCGAAAGAGGAACCGAAAUAAGCCGAAGAAGAGGGGGAUGUCUACUUAUCACGCAGUAUCCAGGUUCGCGCCUCUGAGCAUCGAUUACAGAAGAUUCCACGUCGACUCGACGUUACUCGGUUCGUCCGACGAGUCUAGAAAAUCCACAGCGAAACCACCCAGUUGCAAGGAUUUGGAAGACAUUUGCGAAGACAAGAGACGCAGCUGCGUGAAGCCUUGCGAGAAGAAGCCCGAGAAGAAGAAGAAGAAGAAGGACGUGUGUGCCGGCAGAAAGCCGGUAAAAUUGCGGGAGAAGAAGAAGGAGAAACAGGACGAGUGUGACGACAGGUGCCUACCAAAGGGAAAGUGCGAGGUGCCUGAAAUCGCUAAACCGCCGAAAAUGGAAUACGGGCCGACUACUUGUCCAGCCCCGAAGUUUGUCUCGCCUAAACCCUGUCCGGAAAUUCCCGAGGCGAAGUACGAAGUAGAAUCGUGCGUGGAAGUUCGAACGUCCGGUAAAGCGAAAAAAGAAAUCUGCGUCCCGCCGCCUCUUCCCGAACCACCGACGGACCCGGUGAUUCUUUGCCCUUGUCCACCUCCACCGAAAAUGCACCCUGGACCUUGUCCUUGUUACGACUUAAAAGCGGUUAAACCGUCCAAGCCGACGCUGCCACCGUGUCCGCACAAGGAGAAAUACGUUUGUUGCAAAGAUCCGUUUUAUUGUCCACCGGAGAAAUUGGAGUGCAAGAGGCGCAAGCCUUGCGAUCCCAAGAAAAUGAAAAAGAGGAAGGAGAGGAGGGACAAAUAGCGCAGGUAAGAGGCUUUCUAUAGCGUGGCACUUCUGUCUGCCAAGUUUCAAAAUAUCUGGUCUAACUAUCAGACGUGGUAAAAUUGUCGAUCUUCGAACCGUUGUAGCUUUCUGAAAAAUAAUCAUAGAACAAUCGUUAGGCGACUGUGUUUCGAAGCGAAUGCUCAGAUUAUUAUUUAGGAAGCUAUAAGCGAUCGAGAGACAGGCGAUAUUUUAUUUUACUGCCCCGCGUGUAAUACUCUUUUGAUAUUUAAACUUCUAGAGAAAGCGAAUAUCCGGACAAUCGACGAAAAUGGAGAAGCCAGAAGAGGAUCGCAGUUUCUCACGGGGUCUAUCUGACGUUGAUUUCCCGGAUCGAUGUUCGUCAACGAUAUUUUCAGUCGCUUCGUUCGUUGGCUCUCGCUUCGAGGAUCGAUCUGGCGCCGAUCGAAAUUGUCCUUCACCUAUUUGGCCUGCCUGUGAUCGCUCGAAAGAUCCGAGGAACGAGACGCAGAGGGCGAACGAGCAGACUUGUUCGUGUGUGUUCUUUGUCGCGUGCCUGACGUCGCGCUUUCGUCUUAAAUUCAUUCGUUGCGCCGUCGAGUCUCGUCACGUACAGCCCCGACAAUCGUGAGGAAGGUGAAAAG